CCCUCCCGAAUGAACAGUGAAUGCAGUACCUGACCAGACGUUACGGACGUGUUCAUUGCAUUGCGACACUACAUGUACAGUUCAUGUACUACACAGAUUUAACGUUAUUUUUUCCCAAACAUGCACUGAAGCGAAACGGAGAGCUGUCCCGUAGGAUUUCAACCUGUGCGGCGGGUUUUCAGUGAGGAAUUUGAAACAGGAAGAAACAAUGGCUGAGCACGAUGAGGGAGCAGAAUUUGGGAAGGGAGAUUUUGUCCUUCUGGAUGAAAUUACUGAAGAGGCAUUUAUGGAAAAUUUAAAGCUAAGAUUUGAGCAUAGCAAAAUAUACACCUACAUUGGGGAGGUGGUAGUCUCCAUCAAUCCGUACCGGACAGUCAACAUCUAUGGGCCCGAGGUAGUGGAGACGUACCGGGGUAGAGAGAUCUACGAAAGACCCCCGCACAUAUUCGCCAUCGCCGACGCAGCCUACAAGAGCAUGAAAAGGCGUGCCAGGGACACCUGCAUAGUCAUCUCCGGGGAAAGUGGUUCUGGAAAGACGGAAGCCUCCAAGAUUAUCAUGAGGUACAUAGCAGCUGUAACUAACGUCAGCAAACAGCAGGAAGUAGAAAGAGUGAAGAAUAUCCUCAUCCAGUCCAACACCAUCCUUGAGGCCUUUGGCAAUGCCAAGACCAACCGCAAUGACAACUCCAGUCGCUUUGGGAAGUACAUGGACAUCAACUUUGACUUCAAAGGAGACCCCAUUGGGGGUCACAUCAAUAACUACCUGCUAGAAAAGUCAAGAGUUGUGCGGCAACAGAAAGGCGAGCGUAGCUUCCAUUCUUUCUAUCAGCUGCUGACCGGGGCCAAUGAGCAGCAGCUUGGUGACUUGCAACUCAAGCGGGACUUCUCUCUGUACCAUUUCAUCAGUCAAGGCAAUGUGGAGCCUGCCGCAUUUAAUGACAAGAAGAACCACAAGGCCACUCUGGAGGCUCUCAGGGACGCUGGGUUUUCAGCAGAUCAACAGGCGUCUAUGUGGAAACUCCUGGCUGUCAUCUUACACUUGGGAAAUGUCCACUUUGAGAGUGAGGACAAGGAGACCUGCUCCGUCAGCAAUCCUGGGGAGCUGUCCACCAUCGCCACGCUGCUCAGCGUCAGCCAGGAGGAGCUACAGACGGCUCUGUGCUACCGUGUGGUGGCAGCCAAGGGGGAAGUCAUGGAGAAGAGCCACACCACGGAGCAGGCGUAUUACGGCAGGGAUGCGUUUGCCAAGGCCAUAUAUGAGAGACUAUUUACCUGGAUUGUCGGGAUGAUAAACAGUGCGAUUGAAGUACGAGGGACCAGUCUAGAGCAUGGCAAGAACACUGUCAUAGGAGUGUUGGACAUCUAUGGUUUUGAAAUCUUUGAUGACAAUAGUUUUGAGCAGUUCUGCAUCAACUACUGCAACGAGAAGCUGCAGCAGCUUUUCAUCAUGUUGGUGCUGAAGCAAGAGCAGGAGGAGUACCAGCGAGAGGGCAUUGAGUGGGUCACCGUGGAGUACUUCAACAACCGGAUCAUCUGCGACCUGGUGGAGGAGCCUCACAAGGGCAUCAUGUCCAUGCUGGACGAGGCCUGUCUGAACGUGGGCAAAGUAACUGACCAGAUGUUUCUAGAGGCUAUGAAUCAGAAGCUAGCCACCCAUCCACACUACACUAGCCGCACCUUGAACCCUGCCGAUAAGUCACUAGAGUACAACAGAGACUUCCGCAUCAGACACUAUGCUGGAGAUGUCAUGUAUGAUGUGAAUGGUUUCAUGUACAAGAACAAAGACACGCUGUAUCAGGAUUUCAAGAGACUUCUGUUCCUGAGCUCUAACCCAGUCAUCUCUGAGAUGUGGCCUGAAGGACAGAAGAAAGUGACUGAGGUAACCAAGCGGCCACUCACCGCAGGAACAAUCUUCAAGAAUUCUAUGAUUGAGCUUGUGAAGAACUUGGCAUCAAAGGAGCCGUUCUACGUCCGCUGCAUCAAGCCCAAUGAGGCCAAGUCACCCCUCCUGUUUGACCAGGAGCGAUGCCUUCACCAAGUCCGCUACCUGGGACUCUUGGAGAAUGUUCGGGUGCGUCGGGCAGGCUUUGCAUCUCGUCAGCACUACACAAGGUUCCUGCACAGGUACAAGAUGCUCUCUCAAUUCACCUGGCCAAACUUCCGGGGAGGCGCCGACAGACAAGGUGUGGAGCUCUUGCUGCAAGAGAAGCAACUGGAGGACGAUGUCGCCUACGGUAAAACCAAGCUGUUUAUCCGGACACCGCGCACCGUGUACGCGCUAGAGGAAGCUCGUGCACAACUCAUACCCCAUAUCGCUGUCUUCCUACAGAAGGUCUGGAGGGGUACACUAGCCCGACAGCGUGCCCACAAAAUGCGCGCCAUCUACCGCAUCAUGGCUUCCUACCGGCACUUCAAAAUUCACCGCUACCUGUACAAGCUGCAGGACACAUUCCGAGAUGUCAAGAAUCUGAACGACUAUGGGAAGAGCCUGGAGUGGCCAGAGCCCCCGAAGGUGUUGAAGAAAUUCAACAGGAUGAUGCACAAAAGUCACAGGCAAUGGAUGUGCCGCCUGGUGUUGAACCGACUUCCUAAGGAUGACUGGCCCGAGAUGAAGCUGAAGAUUGCUGCCAUGGAUGCCCUCAACGGACGAUGCCAAGACUGGGGCUACAAGAGAAAAUGGCAAGGCAACUAUCUCGCAUCAAUCUCAGAAAACAACCAAACUGCCCCGUUUGUUUCAAUGUGCAACCAGCUAAAGAACAAAGACCACUUCAACCAAAUCCUGUUCUCGUCCUCUGUCAUAAAGAUCAACAAGCACAACAAAUGUGCUGACCGAGCGCUGCUGGUCACGGACAAGUUCAUCUACAAGCUGGACCCUAAAAAGGGCUUCAAGCCAAUGAGGAUAGGCACUCACAUGUCGGAGGUGACUGGCAUGAGCAUCACGCCCGGCUCCGACCAGCUGGUGAUUCUGCACCUGUCCGGAGACAACGACAUCGUGGUGGGGCUGACCAACACCCGGGGGGAGAACAGGGUGCCCGAGCUGAUCGGUGUGCUGUGCAGACAGUGGAUUGAAUCGAAGAAACGAGAACUGCGGCUGAUCGUCACCCCGACCCUGAACUGCCAGCUGGGUAAACACAGGAAGACAGUCAGCGUCCAGAAGGUCUCAACCGACCGGCCAGUCUUCAAGAAAGAGGGUCAGAAUUUAGUACUGCUGUGGCCAGUUGAGGCCUGAAGAGUUUGGGCAGGUCACGUUUGGCGUCUUUUGGAAUAGGCUGCUUAGCAUUUUGCAGCCCUACUUCCUCGUUUUGGGGGGCAAAUUUUCUCUUUUAUAUUGUGGUGGACAAUUUUGCCGUCAGGAAAGUUGAUCUGUAGUUUUCACAUCCAGAUAAUUUGGUUCAGGAUUAUUUAUAAAAGAGAUUGGUUUUUAAUAUUCCACAGCUCAACUUUCACACUCAAGCUGCAGUUCUGGCAUGUUUCUCACGGCAGCUGUUGCCCACUUUCUUGUUGUAAUCUAGCCAAGUUGUAAUAUCCCUCACAAGUCUUGUCAUAGUAACAGUCUGUGAUAACUGACGAUGGAAUGCCUUUGUCAUUGUUAAUAUGAAUAGGUCACGACUUACAUUGUGGGAUUCAUAAUGUAUUGACAGCAGCACUAAAGCCUUUGUAGACUAAAGAUUUUGGCAACAGGAAUUUGGCACAUACCAGCUAAAUGAAAAUAUGUAUCAAAUUUUUUCACAUGGGUUUUUGUUUAAAAAAAACACAAUUCCUGAAUUCCAAACAACUCCAGAUGUGCCGUUGUGCCAGUGUUAACUGCAGGCGAGUUUGGGUUUCCUUAAAGUCUGGACUGUCUUUCAGUAUUUACGAGUUUGCUUGAGUUAACUUCAUCUUUAACAAAAACUAUGAGGGAUGUUAAUACCUUUUAACCGUAACACUCCCAAAUCCUCCAAUUUCAAUACGAUUUUACAUACACCCUUGGGGGUAAGGGUUAAAGGGUAUGUUUGUAGCCCUUUACUAAUAUGCACCUAUGGACUGGCAAUGAUGAGGCAUAAGUACAUGUCUAUUCACCCAAGGGAGGGUCUUUGGCCUCGGGGCAACAAUAUUUUGUGGUCACAACGGAGCCAGAGGGGGCAUAAGUCUGCUCUAUGUGACCAAAUUAUGCCAGUUUUUGGUGGCACACCUCUUUCCAAAGUAUAAAAUAAGAAGAGCUUUUCAGGGUUUUAUAACUGAAGGCACAGUAACUGUCAACAAAAAACUUAAAUAUGGUGUCUGAUGGGGCACUGUACGUGAAAACUAUGCGUGUGCGAUCUGUCUUGGACGAGUUCACACUGGAGCGGAUUUCACACACUAGUUGAUAUUUGUGAACCCACAUGACCAUGUUUCAGCCAACCAGGAUUGAGAACCAGCAAGAGGUGGAUCACAGUAUGCUCUUAGCACUGUGCACUGAGUGCUGUAAGAGAGUUGGUGCAGAAAACAGUCACUUACCGUUGUGGGACUCGAACCCCAAACCGUCUGCCUACUAGUGCAGCCAUCUCGGCCAAAUUUCAGAUACCAGCUCGGCAAUUAAAUUACAACUUCUUCUGGGUUCUCCUUCACCCAUUUUGCUUAAAAUGGAUCUUUGGAUGAACUGCAGUCAGUUUAAGCUGGUUGUGAUGUUAAGGUGACUUUCCUAGGAGGCUUAGUUUGUCUCAGACUGAUUGAGCGAGUAGGCCUAUAUGUGGAAGACCUCACACUUUGCUUAUGUUUCCACUUGCUUAUGGGGGCCAGGGAAGGACUAUAGAUUUUAAGCUCCCUAGGAAAGCACACACAAACAAAACAUGAUGUCAUCAGAAUGUACUGCAGGCUUAUUACUACUUUGGAAGGAAUUCUCAGGUAAGAUUAUACCACACAGUGCCAGCAUGUAAUGGGCAGUGCAAUUGUUCAGGAACCUUAUAGUCAGGUUUUGAAUAGCUUUGCAGUUGUGAACACAUAUAUGUAUUAUACGUACGUGAAUUGUUGCACUUCGCCCGCUUAAGGUACAAUUGAAUUUUGCACAUUAUUUGAAAAGAUUGUUUACUAUGCCUGAGCCCUAACCUUUCCAUCCACUUUUUUUUACCACCAUAGGCAGUGUAGCCCUGGCUCAUAGACAGUGCCUAUUUAAUUUUGUGCUGUGCAAGAUGAGUUGCAUCUGACACUCUAGAUUUUUAAUUACUUGAGUCGUGUGUGGUUGAAUGUGGGAAGGAUCACCUUGUCAUGUUUUUCGUACUGUGUUGUCGACCAAAGAGGAGAGAUUUAUUUUGAGAGAAUUUCUCUUUAUAUUUUAUUUUUUUCUUGUCCGUUUAAUAGUGUUUGAUUUGAGUACUUUUAGCUGGUUUUGUGUGCGUCUUUGCACCUGUAGAGAUUGCAUUGUACUUUGGCAGAGUAGAGUUUUCUUUAUUAUAAGACCUGAUUGAUAAAAAAGCAAGUAGGUAAUCCAAUGACAAAAUGGUGGGUUUUGAUAGGUUUAUGUAUAUGUGUGUGCUUAGAACAUUUUAAUCAAGGAGAAAGGAAAUUGUUCGUUGAAAAGAUAGAUUUCAACUUACAUGCACUUUUUAUACAAACAGUACAAGGGAAAAUCUAAAGAUGGAAGCCCACUCUACUUUUUUCCUUUGUCCACUACCAUGAAGUGGGCAAAAGAGGAAUUUACGAAAUCGUGUGAACGACUUGAAUAUGACCAAUUUACAACAUGCAGUUGUAUUUUGUUUAAGUCGGUUUGGUGAUAAAUGUUGGACUCAUGAUGUACGCUAAAUUGGCUUGCUUAAUACCCACAGUGCAUUUUGUUUUAUAAUAAUUUUUGAUAUAGUACAGUACUACCGCACUACCAGAUCAUUGAUGAGGUCAGGCUUAGCAUCACUCAUUGUACUGUUCCAAUUUAUGCUCUUUUGGGGGAAUAAAAAGGCUAUCUGAUCGCAGCAUCCUGAUUUUAAUCCACACAUCUUUAUGGUAAUUGUGCUAUUUUGUUGUUAUUUUUGAAUCUGUCUAUUGCCAGUGACUCACAUAGCAGAUUCAUUCCUUUUGGCAAACAAACCAAACAAUGUUUGAGGGUACAAAGUUUGACAUCCAAAAAGAGCACAGUGUAUAACUGAAAUUUUCAUAUGCAUAUUUGAAAUAUCUGAAAACACAAAUCUUGAAUGUUUUAUAAAAGCAGCACUGGAAAAAGUUAUGGGUGUUAAUAGGCCUUGACUUAUAUUUUAUAUCUUAGAACGAACUUUUUCGUACCUUUUUAGAUACUCUAUUUUAUUAGACCACAUUUAGUGCAAAUCAAGAAAUAGUGUGCAUAAACGCAAUAACUAAAAAUAGCUUCUUGAAAUCGAGAGUAUGCCAUGUAUUGAAUAAAUAACGUUUAAUUUUAUAUGAAUAUUAAUACUAUAUGAAUUGUACAGAAGAGUCUUAUAACUGAAUUUAAUUGUAAUUUUCCAUUGCCAUCAAAUAUUAAAAAACAGCCGCAUAUUUAUACUUUGCAUGGAGUUUAACUUAACCAGAGUUGAGCAACUCAAGAAAUGUAGAUUAAUAUCUAUUUGAUUUUUACGUUAUUGUGUUUGGUAUUGAACUUUAAAAUUAGUGGAAAUGUCAUUAUUUAGUUUCCUGGACUGUAAAAAUUGGCGAAGCUUACAGCACCUGCUAAAGAUGUGUUUUAUUAGUGUACUAAUAGCAUGACAGCAAAUGCGACUAAUCUAAUGACAAACAUUGAUUUUUACGCACAUACUUAUUGAUAGAGCACUUGACUUACGGAUACGUUGUAGUGCCGUCAGUGUUUGCCUUCAGUGGUGUUUUGACGUUGAUUUUUUAGUUUGAAGUUUAAGUAUGUAACCUUAAAAGGUACUUUGUUCAUUGUGUGUGGGGGCUACAUGUGCAUUGAGUAUUGAUAACACAUUGCUUACUCAGGUUCAUUGGGGGUUUGCUGUAGAUAAUUAAAAGGCACCAAGCGAGCUCUGAGCUCUCUGAAUUACAGAUUUCAAAUGCUAAGAAGUACUACAGGUGCGGCGGAGUACGGUACAUGUAUAUGCGUUUGUAGUCAGAAUGAGCCAGUUGGGCAUUUCAAUGAGGCAAGGUCAUUCGAGAGCAAAGCACACAAGCAUGAACAUGGGCAAGUGUAAACAGUCAUGCGGCCGCACUGAUUAGGCCGACCUUGCACGCGCUUCGUUUUGGGCAUGCACUGUUGGAAUACCGAACUGGCUCGUUUACCUGCUGGCCUAUGAGCUAGACCAAGAGAGGGCGCAUUUUCCCGAGCAACAGAGGCUCCUUUAGUUGGAACUGCACCUCGCUGGUUCACAAACGAUUACGAAAUGCGCGCGUUACAGUCGCGUCGCUACCAGCAAAAUGAUGAGGGGGUGCACCUGCUCAAAACGGAGGCUGGUAAAGCGCACUCGCCUAACCAGGGAAGCCACUGGGUACCGACUUCAUACAGUUUGCCUAGACGCAUGUGUCAAGUGCAGCCACAGCAAUGCAACUUGGACACGGCCAUCAUUAUUGUGAUUCCCGGCACGCACUUACUUUCACGUAAACUUGCCUGCUUUUCAAAACGUAUUGUCUGUCACUGACAGCAUAACGCCUUAGUACAGAUUUGCUUUAAUUCUGUGACGGAACGUUGGUUACUUUUUUGAAAAAUCUUACCCUAUUUUUUGUGCUUGAUAAACUAAGCAAACCAAAGCAUACAAUAAAAAGGUUUUGUUACUUUUGUUUCUUGUUUCCAUUUAUUGUAAUAAACUUUUGCAAAUACGUGUACUGCAUUUUUAAGUAAGGGCAAAUUUAACUUCUGCAUACAGUCUUCGUGAUGUGAUUUUUCCCCUCAAGAAAAAUGCCAAAGAAUUGGGUUUCAUCAUGUGCUGUUUAGGAAGUUGUAUUAGGAAAUUCAUGGUUUUCAUCAUUCGAUAUUGUGUAAUGCAUUACAUAAAAGAUUUCCUCAGAAAGUGAAGUUGUAGAUUUAAGUGGACUUAAUUUUAUAGGCAAUAAAAAGUGCCUCAGGAACACUGAAUUUAAAGUCCUUAAAUUUAAGUUGUUAAUAUCUAGAUUAAUAAAAAAUUGCAUGUAUUAUAUCCUUUAAGUUGAAUACUGUGCAUGUCAUGUGUAGUGUACAGAGAAAUGUUUUUAAUGUAGUAUGGAUAGCGUGAUUUAUGUACUGAUUUGAUGUACAUGUGAUUUCACAGUCUCGUUGUGAAGGAAAAAUCGUGCAGGCAGGAGGUACAGUGGUCUGGCAAUCUUCUUGCAAAACUGGAACCGUAUCAUUCUGCACACUUCGAAAAGCCACGAAUUGUGCUCGCCUUUCACUCGCAUGCGUUCGAGUUCCUCAAGUGCCAUGCCAAAAACGGAUGUUUGAAGUAUUUGACAUAUACUAUGCUGUAAUUCUUGGUAAGUUAAAAGAGCAGUACUUGGCCUGAAAGCCAAUAGUACCAUACCAUGCGAAUUAAAAAUUCUGUUAUGGACGCAAGCCAAAAUAUAGCUCUCUUUUUUUGAUAAUGCAUUGUUUUGUUUUAUUUCUGUCGAAUUCGAGUAUAACUCGAAUUCCGAAAUGUAAUAUUGAAAACAGAUCUUGUAUUGUUGUUUUAUCGUUGAAAGUCAUGAGUAAAUGCGUAAGGAUACCUUUUUAUUGUUUAAUAUAACAGUUCAGAACGUAAACUGUUGAUUAAGUUCAAGUACAAGUUAAAUACUGCACCUGUUUCUACCCAUUUAGUUUUGAGUUUUUUAAGAAUCUAAAGACUUUGAAUCAGUUUGAUUAUAAAGUAAGCUGUACUUGUGCGUUAAACCUGGUAAAAGUAUUUUUAGGGGAUUUAAAGAUCUUCCUGUUACUCGGUGAUAUGAGAUGUUUUUGUCUUGUAGUUAGAUAUUGAUAACAACACGAAAUUUCUUUUGAUGAUGGGAAAAGCCUUUAUAUUUCGGGGGGCGAUAUGGUAUCCGUCCAAUCCAAUAGCAGUUUGUUAGGAAAACUAGCGCACAACGUUUGUAUGGCCCUGUCCCAAUUAGGUGCAGUCUUAGAUUUCAAGGAAUCUCAUGAUCGCACACACGCCUAAAAUGGAAACUCCAAAAUGUUCCUAAACGUUUUUGAAAUUUUGCAAAAAAUUCGAUCCACCCUUAAAGCAAGAGACAUUAACAUUGACAGAGCCAUGGAACAUGUAUUCCAUCGCGAAAGUCUGGUAACGAUUUGUAGGCAUACCGCACGUUAUGUGCGGACACUAUGUACCCAUCACAUCCCUCUGUGAUCGAAGUUCUAGUUCAGUGUAUGGGUUGACAUACAGUGUAUCUUAUCUGUACUGUUAUACUGGAAAACCCAAACAUUGUCAAACCUUACAAUAAUUCUCACCUUGAGGUAUGCAAAUAAAAUGUACAUGUAUUUCUACCUACUGAGUACCUGA